AGAGGCCCUGCAAAAAUAUCUACUUCAAAACCUCCAAAUUCCCCAUUCAAACCAAACGGCCGUCAGCAAAAAACCCCCACCCUCUGCCCUUUCCGUCGCCGUCAAAGCGAACCGUCACCUCCUCCGUUGUAUAAAAAAACCCUCAUCUCCCCAUCCCCUUCUCUCUCUCUCAAACCCUAACCCUAAUCUCGAAACCCUAACCAAGAUGCGAGAGAUCCUCCACAUCCAGGGCGGCCAAUGCGGCAACCAGAUCGGUGCCAAGUUCUGGGAGGUCAUCUGCGACGAGCACGGCAUCGACGCCACCGGCCGAUACCAAGGCGACACCGACCUGCAACUGGAGCGCGUCAAUGUCUACUACAACGAGGCGAGCUGCGGCCGCUUCGUGCCGAGGGCGGUGCUCAUGGAUCUUGAGCCUGGGACCAUGGACAGCCUCAGAUCUGGGCCUUACGGUCAAAUCUUUAGGCCCGAUAACUUCGUUUUUGGGCAGAGCGGGGCUGGGAAUAACUGGGCCAAGGGGCAUUACACUGAGGGAGCGGAGUUGAUUGAUUCGGUUCUCGAUGUUGUGAGGAAAGAGGCAGAGAACUGUGAUUGCUUGCAAGGAUUCCAAGUCUGCCACUCUUUGGGAGGUGGAACGGGCUCUGGCAUGGGAACAUUGUUGAUAUCAAAGAUCAGAGAGGAGUAUCCCGAUCGCAUGAUGCUCACCUUCUCCGUCUUCCCAUCUCCAAAAGUCUCUGAUACAGUUGUUGAGCCCUAUAAUGCUACUCUUUCAGUGCACCAGCUUGUGGAAAAUGCAGAUGAGUGCAUGGUACUCGAUAAUGAGGCCCUCUAUGAUAUCUGCUUCCGCACUCUAAAGCUGACAACCCCGAGCUUUGGCGAUCUCAAUCACUUAAUUUCGGCUACCAUGAGCGGAGUUACAUGCUGCCUCCGAUUCCCUGGUCAGCUCAACUCUGACCUCCGCAAGCUUGCCGUCAAUCUCAUCCCCUUCCCUCGACUCCACUUCUUCAUGGUCGGCUUUGCACCCCUCACCUCCCGUGGGUCCCAGCAGUACCGAUCUCUCACUGUCCCCGAGCUCACCCAACAAAUGUGGGACGCUAAGAACAUGAUGUGCGCCGCCGACCCCCGCCAUGGCCGAUACCUCACCGCCUCCGCUAUGUUUCGUGGCAAGAUGAGCACCAAAGAGGUCGAUGAGCAGAUGAUCAACAUCCAAAACAAGAACUCGUCCUACUUUGUGGAGUGGAUUCCUCACAACGUGAAGUCCACGGUAUGUGACAUCCCACCGACUGGGCUGAAGAUGGCGUCGACGUUUAUUGGUAACUCAACGUCGAUACAGGAGAUGUUUAGGAGGGUGAGCGAGCAGUUUACUGCCAUGUUUAAGAGGAAGGCUUUCUUGCAUUGGUAUACGGGGGAGGGGAUGGAUGAGAUGGAGUUUACGGAGGCAGAGAGUAACAUGAAUGAUUUGGUGUCAGAGUAUCAGCAGUAUCAGGAUGCGACGGCGGAUGAGGAUGGGGAGUAUGAGGAUGAAGAGGUGGUGGGUGAGUAUGAGGAGGCUUGAUUUGCUUUGCUCAUUGUUCUAAGCUGCCAUGAACUAUGUGUUCUUAUCCUAUGUUCUGUAUGUUUGAUGUUAUGUGCUGUAUAUGCUCUGCUUUCUGCUGAAUUCUCUGGGGCGCAAUAUGGGGUUGCUUUUUUCUUUGUGGAGGUUUUAACUUCUUCAUAUUCCUGAAUUGACUCCGGAAUUAUUAUGUUAAAGUUCGGUUGGAAUCAUGUAUUCGAUAUUUUGGUUUCUUAUGCUCUUACUGAAUUAGAUUUGGAAAGUUGUUCGAGCU